GUCGGAUCAAAUGUCAUAAAAUAAAUUAACUUAAAAGAAACUAUAACUAUUAUAAUAAUAUUAAAGUGUGAAAUAGUCUUUAAAGGUUAAACAAAAUCCGCAGUUCAAAAUUCAAUAAUCACACAUAGUAAAAUUUCUUUUUCGAACUAUUAAAAGCAAUAUUAUAAUAUUUUGAAAACAAUAUGAGCAAUUCAAAUAAUGGUGCCACUAAAGAAUAUGAUAUUUAUCGUGAUAGUUUAUUACGUUAUUUAGGAUAUUCAAAUGAAGUUGGUGAAGCAUUUCGACCAUUAAUACAUCGUAAUUUUGUCAAUUUAUCGUAUGGUGUUGCUGUAUCAUAUGUAUUAGCUGAUUGCUAUGAUAAAUCAUCAAAGGUAUAUGAAAAAACUAAAGAUUUAAAGAAAACAGCAAUAAUGACAGGUGAUGUAUUUUUAUGGCAAAUGUUGGCGUCUGUUAUUGUACCAGGAUUUACAAUUAAUCGUAUAACAACUUUGGCAAUACGUUUUUUACGUAAAAAAGAUCUUAAUAAAGCAAUUAAAAAAGCAAUACCAACUGGUUUAGGUUUAACAUCUAUACCAUUUAUAAUAAAACCAAUUGAUCAUUUCAUUGAUUAUGUUAUGGAUAACACAUAUAGAAAAUAUUUUUAAUCAGUUUUAAAGAACAAAUAAGAGAACUUCGUAAAAUUAUUUAAAUUAAAUCGAAUAAAAAUAAUCGAAUAUUUUUCUUUUUUUUUAAAGUUCAAUUUAAUUAUGGUUGUUUAUUAGCGCAUUUUGUUAUAGUUGUUAAUUCUUAAUUUGUUAAAAUUUUCAAUGCACUU